UAAACUGGAAAGCAAUCUAUUGUAACGGACCAGCUAUAUAGGUACCAUGUUUUUCCCACUCAGCACGGCUUGCACUUAUGCAAUCCAUUACACAACAGUCAUUGAUUUCUUCUACUUGAAAAUCCCACCAUACCGACAUUUGAAAAUACGAACUUUAAAGCGCAGAGAAAGAUAUACAUGUGCUUGCCAUUGCAAUGAAAGCAAAGCUGAAAUCAUUGCAUUGCACAUAUAUUUUUUCUGCAGAGGCCAUCAGAACUCUUUCUUUGAGGUGGGACAACUGCUUUGUCUGCCUUUAUCCAAACAAGAAGUUUUAGCCAUGCCCACAUAGCCCAUUCAUCCAUUCUGCUUAAGAAGUGAGGAUUGCUUGGAAUCAAAGGCAGCAUUUUGGUCUCUCUGUAUGUCUGCCCUGAAAGCUCAGCACACCACUUUUCUCUCAUUCCAGAUGUCUUCCUCCUCUUAAUCUGUGCCCCUCCUCCAUAUAGAUUCUUCCUCCGUGUUGUUCUGGUCCUCAUUUCUUUCAGGUCUUCAAGGGGAAGUAAUUUACGACUGUUAUGUGUAGAACAUCAUCAUAUGUUUUAUUCUGACGGCUUCUUUCAUCAUCAGUAAUGGACUGUGAGAAGUUGGGUUCCAAGCCAGAUGGCUUUGAAAGAAGAGGGCAAGCAUGGUUUUGUACAACUGGAUUGCCCAGUGAUAUUGUCAUUGAGGUGGAAGAAAUGUCUUUCCAUUUACACAAGUUCCCUUUGAUGUCGCGGAGUGGGAAGCUUACAAGGCUUAUCACAGAGCUAAACGAAGAGGAAAUCUGCUGCCUAUCUUUAUCAGAUGUUCCUGGAGGUCCUGAGGCAUUUGAACUUGCAGCAAAAUUUUGCUAUGGCAUGAAGCUGGAGAUCACACCCCUCAAUGUAGGUGCCUUGCACUGCAUUGCAGAUUACUUGGAAAUGACAGAGGAAUUUGGAGAAGGAAAUCUUCUAACAAAAUCUGAAGGAUUUCUCAUCCAAGUAGUGCUUAGGAGCUGGAAGGAUUCUGUGUUAACUUUGCAGAGCUGUGAAAGAUUCAUUCCACAGGCAGAAAGGCUGCAAAUAGUGAAGAAAUGUGUGGAUUCUAUUGCAAUGAAGGCCUGUACUGAUCCUGGUCUUGUUGGAUGGCCUCGGCAAGAACAUGAGGGGCUCCAGAGUCCAGGAGGAAGCAUUCUCUGGAAUGGCAUUAGCACGGGGGCAAGACACGUACAACCUCAACCAGAUUGGUGGUAUGAAGACAUUGCAGCCCUUAGCCUGCCAUUGUACAAGCUUGUAAUCUCUGCAAUGGAGGAUAAGGACAUUAGAGCAGAAAUAAUUGCUGGUGCUGUUGUACAUUAUUCCAAGAAAUCAAUCCCAGGGCUCACAAAGAGACAGGCAGGAAGUGCAAUCGGAGGCCUGUCCUUGGGAUCUGCUUCCUAUGAAGCUACUCAGAGAGAGAUUCUAGAGACUGUUGAAAGCCUUCUUCCGGUGCAGAAGAAUGUUGUUUCUUCGAAAUUUCUUUUUGGGCUCCUCAGAACUGCCAUCAUCCUCAAUGCUUCAGAACCAUGUCGUAGCAACCUUGAGAGGAGAAUUGGAAUGCAGCUUGAACAUGUCACUUUGGAUGAUCUCCUGAUUCCUAGCUACUCCUAUAAUGUGGAAACCCUAUAUGAUAUUGAAUGUGUCCAACGGAUUGUACAACAUUGCAUAUUCUUUGAUCAGCAAGCUCCUGAAUCUGUCCACCAGGGGUUUGAGGAGGGGGCUUUUAUUGGUUCACCCUCUCUCACUCCCUUAACUAAAGUUGGUAAACUAGUAGAUGCCUUUCUUGCAGAGGUGGCUCCAGAUGUGAAUCUCAAGCCUGAUAAAUUUCAGUCACUAGCAGAAGCGCUGCCAAAUUAUGCACGACUUUAUGAUGAUGGUUUAUACAGAGCCAUAGAUGUGUUCUUGAAGGCACAUCCUUGGCUUACAGAGUCUGAGCGAGAGAGGCUUUGCACAAGCCUGGACUGUCAGAAACUUACUCUUGAAGCUUGUACUCAUGCAGCUCAGAAUGAGCGUUUGCCCUUGAGGGUGGUUGUACAAGUUCUAUUCUUUGAACAGCUGCAACUGAGGAAUGCCAUUGCAGGAUCAUAUAUUGCAGCAGAUACUGCUGAUCCAGCACGCACCUCCAGAUUCAACCCACCAUCGGAUUUUGGAAUCUUGGGCCCUGCUAUGCUAGGUGGAGAAGGAUGGAAUGGAGUUCUCAGAGAGAAUCAGGUUCUCAGGAUGGAUAUGAACACAAUCAAGUCAAAAGUGACCAACCUGGAAAGAGAGUGUUUCACUAUAAGACAAGCAAUACAUAAGAUUGAAAAACCCAAGAUAGCAGUAAGUAGCAAAGCCCGUAAUAUCAUAUCAAAGUUUGGGUGCAAAUUCAGGACACAAGUUUGUGAUUCUCAAGAAAGGACUGUUAUCACUGUUCAGAACCUAGAUGGUGGAAGUGUAGAGACUCCAAGGAGGUCUAGACAUCGGCGGAGCACCUCAGUUUCUUGAGCUCCCUUUUAUCAGAAGCAGCAGUUUCAUGUGCCAAGUCCUAGAUAUUCCUUGUAAAACACUGUUCUUUCAAGUAAUAUAUAUAUAUAUUUAUAUAUAUAUAUAACCUACAUAUGAACUUGGCUGGGCUUGCAAGGUUUUUUUGGAAGUCUUUAGGAGCUAUCUUUCUUCAUUGUUGUCUUUACCCAUUGUGCUGCAGGUCCCCAAGUUUUAAAUCAUUGAUCAUAUCUGCAUAGCUUCAUUCCUGCCAAGCCAGGAGUUGUACUAAAGAUUAUCAUACUAAACUUGUGCUUCUUAACACCAUAAAUCCUCUGGAAGCUUCUUUAUCAUGCAAACAAUGGAGUUCAAAUUCAGCAUUGCACCUGCUAAAUGAGGAGGGACUAGAGACUUGCGAAUUCAGAAGCCUUGGGUGAUUUUGGGUAUGUUUAAUAUUCCUUUCCAAAGAGCUUUGUACUUGAAGUUGAGAGCUUUAGAGUAGCCCAGUUUUAGAGUUUCCCUCUGAAGAGAUUGUCCUUGGAUUGCAAUCAUGAUUGUAUUUUUUGAUGCAACUCACAAUUCUUUGAAAAUUUGUACCAGAAACACUUGAUUCAUUUACAUUUCAUUUAAUUAUUUCUUCCUGCA